AUGUUGCUAUCAGUCGCUCUUCUCGCCCUACCUUCCUUGACACUUGCAUCUCCUACCAUACACAAGAGACUAGCAAAUGGACUAGCACUAACACCUCCUAUGGGAUGGAAUAGCUACAACCACUACAACUGUGCUCCUAAUCAGAGCAUCAUCCACUCCAAUGCCGAAGCUUUGGUGACUCUCGGGCUUGCAGACCUGGGCUAUACAUACGUGACCACCGACUGCGGUUGGACCAUUCCUCAUCGUACAGCCGAAAACAAGUUGACCUGGAAUGAGACACUGUUCCCCGCUGGCUUUCCCGCACUAGGCCAGUACAUUCACGCCCUAGGCCUUGGCUUUGGUGUCUACAGCGACGGAGGCAUACAAAUGUGUAUGACCGGUGGAGUCAAUCAAACAGGGAGUCUGGGUCACGAAAAUAUCGACGCAGAGACCUUUGUAUCUUGGGGUGCCGACUUGCUCAAGUACGACAACUGCUGGUCAUCUGCCGAAAAGGGUUUCCCCAACGUGGACUAUGAGCCUCUGACCUCUCCCCACCAAAACUACGUCAACAUGCGAAACGCACUGGACGCGACAGGCAAAAACUUACUCUUCCAGAUUUGUGACUGGGGUGUUGAUUUCCCUUCUGCAUGGGCACCCGAGCUGGGAAACACCUGGAGAGUUACCAACGACAUCAUCCCAAACUGGAGGACCAUUUUCCGUAUCGUCAAUCAAGUUGUUCCUCAAACUGAUUAUGCUGGGCCUGGUAGAUGGCUGGACCUUGACAUGCUGGAGGUUGGCAACAACAUCUUCACUCACGCUGAGGAGCAAACACAUUUUGCACUUUGGAGCAUCUUGAAGAGUCCGCUGACGAUUGGUUGCGCUUUGAACGAUACUUUAACAUCGGUGUCGGCGUCAUCGUUGGCCAUUAUGAAGAAUGAGAAUGUCAUUGGGUUCAACCAAGAUGCUCUCGGUGUUUCUGCAAAUCUGACACGCCGAUAUAGCGAUGAGGGCUACGAUGUCUGGUCUGGACCUUUGAGCGGUAAUCGCACCGUCGCCGCAAUCGUGAACUGGAACAACCACUCUAUCGAUGCGACUUUUGAUCUGCCUAAUGUAGGAUUGCAGAGUGCUGGGUGGGUCAAGGAUGCCUGGACCAAUGAGACGAGGAAGAAUGUUAUGACUAGCUACAAAGCAAGUAUCGAGGCACACGGUACUCUGUUGCUCGAGCUAGGUGACACUGUUCCAGUCGGUGUCUAUCAUUUCGAUGGGUAUGUUCGCAGUGGAGAUAUCACCAUCGAAAACGUGUACGGGCUGACGACAAGCAAUGCUUACGAGAUGACUAUACAUUUCAGCAGUCCGGCGCCUACGCCUUGCGACCUGAAGGUCAACAACCGAAGAGCUUCCCAUCAAGUCGAUGCAGGCCAAUCCAGCAUCAUUGUACCCGUCGCUCUGCUCGCAGGAAACAAUAACACCCUCACCGUGUCAAUUGCCAACCCUAUAUCAUUCAUAACCAUCACACCUCCCGUAGGCGAAUUCUACCCGAAUACCGCCUUCGCCAUCUCUGGCCCUGGUAAUGCUAGCCAUAUCACCUGUGUUCCCGGCCUAUGCGCUCCUCUCGGUGUGAAGAUUGGUGAUUUGUCACCAAACAAUUCGGCUUCCCUCAUCAUCCCCGCCACCGCCAAUGUCGUUGGGUCUAGAUACGUGGAGCUCACAUACAUCAACAACGACGUUGCCAUCAGCACGAGCUGGGGCGAAGGCCGUAACGCUCGCAAUAUCACCAUCAGCGUCAACAACCAGACCACUAGACUCGAGGUGCCAUUGAGUGGAAGGAGUAGUGAGCUGUAUUCUUCUAUGAAAGGCUGGGGCGAUAGUGCAGUCUUGGGUGUCUUGGUGCAUGGCUGGAAAGAAGGUGAUAAUGAGGUUGUGAUUGGCAACGUGGGCGGUGAGAAGGGUGUACAGAGUCUGGGAGCCGACUUCGUUGGCUUGAAAGUCUUCUAG